CCGUGAGAGCACCGACUCCCACCGCCAGUCCGGUAUCGGUCUUCCUUCGCAGUCACGGCCAAGAAGAUAUUUAUUUAUCUUCCCCUCCAGCAGUCCGGCGAAAAAAUCUCACCCUGCCCCACGCCCCGCUUAAAUCUUGCUUCCGACGGGACCCGGGGCGUGCCCUAUAAUCUAAGGCGGUUACUCCUCCCACCUUCCCUGUUCCCUAUAUUAUAUAUUUUAUUUCCUCCCCUCCCCUGUCGCAACCUUCCACCUGGGCCGACCAAAUCUCUGUCUCUCUUUCUGGAAUUUCCAUGGAGCCCGCCCGCGAUAAGCCGCCUCGCCUUCCAACCCGAUCCUCUUCUGCUUUAAUGGGGACGACGAUGCCUCGUCGCCCUUUCGAGGGAGGAUCGGGUUUUCCCCUUUCUUCCUCCUCCUCGUCCUCGUCUCCCUUCAUGGAAUUUGGAGCACCCUCUGCUUCCAAAUCCCGCCCUUCUUCGUCUGUGGAACCCAAGAUCGAGCAGGCUUCUUCACCGGUCGGGGAAAAGCUUCCAUCCUCCUCGUCGUCAUCGCCCGGGGUUGCUGCGCCUCGGCCUCUGGAGGCUCUCCAGAGCGCGCCGAUCCCGCCAUUCCUCUCCAAGACCUAUGAGCUUGUGGAUGAUCCCUCCCUGGAUCCGCUCAUCUCGUGGGGUUCCACUGGCAGGAGCUUCGUGGUGUGGGAUCCCGUCGAGUUUGCGCGGGCCGUUCUGCCUCGGAACUUCAAGCACAGCAACUUCUCCAGUUUUGUCCGCCAGCUGAAUACUUAUGGUUUCCACAAGAUUGAUGCUGAUCGAUGGGAGUUUGCCAAUGAAGAUUUUCUAAGAGGAAAUAAGCCCUUGUUAAAAAAUAUAAACAGGCGAAGGUCAUCUCAAGUGCAGCAAGUAGGUUCUCAAGUAGGCUUCUCAGCUGAAAAUGCAAAGCCUGAAUUAGAAGGUGAACUCCACAUGUUGAGAAAGGAAAAGAGUGCAUUGAUGCAGGAGGCCAUUACACUGCGACAGGAGCAUCUCAUGACAGUCCAACAGGUGGAUGCACUGAACCAGCGGAUGCAAUUAGCCGAACAGAGGCAGAAGCUGAUGGUAUCUUUCUUGGCAAAGGUACUCCAACACCCAGUAUUGUUGGCCCAUCUUAAGCAGCUGAAGGAACAAAGGGAGAUUGCUUCUACAAUAAGAAGAAAGUUCCUCAAGCAACAGCAGCACAGCCACAGUGAUUUAGAUAAAUCCAUGGAUCAGCAAACUGGAAAGAAGAGACUAGAAUUUACUGGUGCCACUUCGUCUGGACUGCAAGGCAUUGAAUGUAGUGUGAGCAAGCAACUACCAAAUAACCUUUUGCAAGAUAUGGUUGAAAAACCUGAUCUUGAUACAAGCAGAGGCGAACUUCUCAUAGGCUCAGUUGAAACUGGACUAGAGGUGCUGGACCCAUUGUUUCUGGACCCUGAUUCUGUUGCCAUCAAGGUAGGGCUUCCGGAGAGCUCUCAUACAGAUAUGGGCUUCAGUGGAACUGAGUUCUUUGCAUCUUUUCCUGAAGAUACAACCCCAGAGAGGAUGUUUUCAGAUGCUAUAAUCCCUGCAACUGAAUUUGCAAGGCCAGACCCCAAAACUGUUAGUUUCGAGGGAAAGAAUGUUGUGGACAAAACAGAAGUUACCUCUGCUGGUGGAAAGUGCCUCAUAUCAUUUGCAGAAGAUACUUCUCAGGAAAAGAUGUUUUCAGAUGCUAUAGCAUCUGCCCGCAAAACUAGCAGUGGACCAGAGGAAAUAUGGAACCUCUGUCUUGAGGCAGGAGAAAGCUCCUGGAGUUCUCGCCACUGGGAUAGCCUUGCUCAAGAUGCGAUAGAGCUAGAAGCCGGAGCUAGACCUGAUGCUUUAUGGGAUAUUGAUUUGCAAGCACUGGACGAAGAUUUGGAGUUUGAUAAGUGCUUGGGCAGUUACUUCUGUCACCAGGAACGUGAAAAUCAAGCUGGAGCAGCUAACAAAGAUCACAAAGAAAAGAUGGAACCGUAGGAUUCAUGUGCAUUGACCAUUGGCACCCUUUUGGGUGCAUAUAAUAUCACCAUUUGAAAAACUCAUAUAAAGAUUUGAAUGAUCAAUACAAUAUUCAACGAUUUUAGUUGUCA